AUGGCAACGCCGCUGCACUUCCGGCUUCCCCCGGAAGACUCUGUUGCCAUGGAGACCGUGACGUAUUUCCGCCGCGCCGCCGCCAUCCCGGAAGUGCCGCCCCCCUCAGGGCUCAGCGUGGCCGCCAUGAAGCCCAUCCUGCUGCAAGGCCAUGAGCGCUCCAUCACUCAGAUCAAAUACAACCGCGAGGGAGACCUGCUGUUCACCGUGGCCAAGGAUCCCAUUGUCAAUGUUUGGUAUUCGGUGAAUGGCGAGAGGUUGGGCACCUACAACGGGCACACGGGAGCUGUGUGGUGUGUGGAUGCCGACUGGGACACCAGGCACGUCCUGACCGGCUCUGCUGACAACAGCUGCCGCCUGUGGGACUGUGAGACAGGGAAGCAGCUGGCCCUGGUGAAGACCAGCUCGGCCGUGAGGACGUGCGGCUUCGACUUCGGAGGGAACAUCAUCAUGUUCUCCACGGACAAGCAGAUGGGCUACCAGUGCUUUGUCAGCUUCUUCGACCUCAGGGACCCCAGCCAGAUCGAGAACAACGAGCCCUACAUGAAGAUUCCCUGCAGUGACUCCAAGAUCACCAGCGCCGUGUGGGGCCCGCUCGGGGAGUUCAUCAUUGCUGGCCACGAGAACGGCGAGCUCAACCAGUUCAGUGCCAAGUCAGGGGAGCAGCUGUCCAAUAUCAAGGAGCACACCAAGCAAAUCAACGACAUCCAGACCUCCCGGGACAUGACCAUGUUCAUCACUGCUUCCAAGGAUAACACAGCCAAGCUCUUUGACUGCACAUCCCUGGAGCACCUGAAGACGUUCCGGACGGAGCGGCCGGUGAACUCUGCUGCCCUUUCCCCCAUUUUUGACCACGUGGUGCUGGGAGGAGGGCAAGAGGCCAUGGAUGUGACCACCACCUCCACCAGGAUUGGCAAAUUCGAGGCCAGGUUGGUCCUUUUCCCUCUGGCAGGGCUGAAUCCUCACCCAGAGCACUCCUGGCACCCCAAGGAUUGCUCUUCCCUUUCCUUUGGGAAGCUGGCAGUGCUGGAGGAACAACCCCUUGCCCACUCCAGAGCCAUCCACGGGCACUGCUGCAAUCCCAGUGGGAAGGAGCAGCUUCCUUAG